CUUCUCUUUGUUUUGCUGAUCGCCCCGCAUUCCCUUCGUUUCCGCUGGCUGCUCUGCGCUCAUACGUAGCCCAUUCUCCGACAAUCAAUGAUCACUAAAUUCUCCCGUUGACGUAGAGUGCCCGUCCUCAAUCCCGGUCUCAUGCAUCCCCAUGACUAGCCUCCUCGGUAGCCUGAAGCCCACCUUCCACCGAGCUCAUCUUCCUCUUUCCUCCCUCCAACCAACCACUUCACCGCCCCUCGCAACAAUUCUCCUCCACCUCAGCAUCCGGCGAGCGACGACGACGACGGGCGAGCCGUACGAAUGAUUCUCCCGAAGUCCUCCAUGAACCCCCGCAGUUCUCGAAUCCGCACAUCCCCCACCAAGAGAGCUCGCACUGAAGUGGUGCUCGCCAUCUCUGCCGAUGGUAGGGCACAAGCAAAGGCCACCGUUGUGUAUCAGCAGCCGGCAGUUCAUGCAACCGUAACGGCAAUCGACGGCGACGAUAAUAUUUCCAGUGGAUACGACUCGUUCGAAGAAAGCGAUUCCUCGUUCGAUGGGGAUGCUCCGAGGGGAAUGGCGCCUGACGGGAGCGAAUACCUCUCGUACCGCCGCCGGAGGUGCAGCAGCGCCGUCGGUUCCGACCAGAUGUUCCACAGCAGCACAAACUUGGCGGCCAGUUUUGGAGCUCCCAGGACGCCCAAAAGAGCCCGUGGUGUACUGGCGAGAGUAAACGGAAGGAGGAACAGGGCGGAAUCUGCGUCGACGACUCUUCCGACACCGCUAAAAAGCAGUCCACCGCCGUUGAACGGCCAUAUCAGAAGAUCGCAAUCUUUCGCUACCAACCCCACACCUCAACUGCCUCAAUUCGAGGACCUGGAUGAAGACGGAUCGGAGGCAGAAACGGUGGUUGACGAGCCGAUUGAGCUGCCCAUGGACAUUGGUGAUGCGGACGGCGAUGCUCUUACGGCACUGAAACGGUUACUGGCUCAGAGCCGUGCCGCCGGUGGUGGUGGUGGCGCCGGAUCUUCCCCCGCGAUGUUACGAUCGGCCCGCCCCAGAAACACGUUAAAGCGAACCUACGGCACGCUCAAUCGCUCCGGCAAACCCGGAUCUACCCACGACACCAGCUCGUCGUCUCCAAUCAUGUCCCGCACGACCGCCGUACCCACGCCCCGUCGGAAGUUCCGUCGACGCCCCCUCGCCGAUGGCGGCUUCCACUACAGACAUCACCUCGGAAACGCCUCGCCCACAACCGUUACAGACCCCGACUAUGAUUCCGACCGGGCGCUAUCGGAUGUGGACGGGGAUGCCACCGGCGAGACGAGGUGUGUUUGCGGACGGCAGGACGACGGCGGGAAGACUAUGGUGGAAUGUGACUCCUGCAAAUACUGGCUGCACCUGAAGUGUCUAGGCUACGGCAACCGCAGGACUCUGCCAAAGGUCUUCAUCUGCACCUACUGCAUCCAUGUGAGGCCGCAGCCGAGACAUCGGACUCGGUCGUGAGGUGAGGCGAUGUUCGGACGAAACCACAACGAGCAACUGCAUUCCCCCAAAAAACCAACACGAUCUGGUCUCCCUUCCACGGUUGACCAACCCCUCACCCCCACUUACGAUUUUUUGCAAUAUUUCCUCUCUACGAUAUCAUGGAGUAUACGGUGUACACAGCGAGCGUCUUAUUUUUUUUUUUUUUUUUUUUUU